ACACAAAUUUCCUCUCCUUGCCGGCAGCAGCUCUCCCCCCUUGGUCUCGUUUUUUCGGCAACAUCACCCCUAGCCUUGCCGAUCGGACCUUCUCCAUGUCACCACCGCCUGGCCGCCACCUUUUCUUUCUCUCUCCUCGCUGCUGUCUCUGGCUGGCGUAGCAAUCAUAGGGAGCUACGAUUCCGCUCCGAUUGGGAUAGCGCAUCUUCAGCUACUCCUUGUAUCUUCCGGCGAAACCGGCCUUAUCCGGCCAUCCCACCUCGUCCUUAGCACCUCCGGUCUUUCUCUCUCUCUCAUUCGGUCCAGUCUCGGUUAGCGCUACAAGGGGAGGGGUCGGGCGUGCUACUCCGAUAGCCACAGCCACCUUCAGCUGCUUCUUCUCGCUUUUCCAGCAAGACCAGCCACCAGCCGGCGAAGUUGGCUCUCUUCUCGUCGUCAGCUCUUCAUCGCACGUCACGGCUCCCUUCUCCGGCCAAGUUAACGACGGCAGAACCGGACUUUGAUUCCAUAGCUAGAUCGUCCGAGUUCAUCUACCACUCCUACUAGUCAAAAUUCGAACUAGCGCUUCUUUUCUUCUCUAUCACAGAAGUAGAAUCUUCGUUGUUUUGGCUAAAGCCUUGCAUCCUUCUCCAUAGGGCUAUAAAACCCCAUUUUUCGGCCAACAGCAGCAGUGGAGUGCUAGGGAUGCUCCAGCGAGCCAUAGAAGCCAGAAUUCCUCUCUCUUCAAGCUGUUUGCAAUAGUGUAGGCAGUUUCCUAAUUUGAUAUUUUGCUGAUUCCAAGAAACCAGGAAAAGAAGAAUAGCUUUGGGCAAAACUAUAAACUGUCAAUGUAUUUGUGCUUAUUUCCUUCCUUGCAGAGGGAAGAACUGUGAACAGGAAACGGCUGUCUCCCUGGUUAUUCUAUGUGGCGUUCAAAUCUUCUGAGGAGAAUUUCGUCGUCGUCAUCAUCUAGAACUCCUCUAGUCUCCCAUUCACCUCUUGAAAACCUUCAUUACCAAACACAUCUGUUCUCUAAAAUUAAUUCAGUAAAAGACCAGAAAAAACAGCAACAGCUGUUUAUUCUUUCACAGCACAUUUCUAAUUUGUCCUCGAAGCCUAGCUUGUCGAUAUGGAGGAGGAAGAAAGAGAUGGGCAAAGAGGGGUUAAUUGUAGCCAAGGAGCUCAAAAGACUCCAGUCAAACCCUGUCCGGCUUGAUUGGUUCAUUAAGUCUCAUGUUUCUCGCCUACUGAAGUCUGAUCUUGUUGCUGUUCUUGCUGAGUUCCAGAGGCAAGACCAGGUUUUUCUUUGCAUGAAGUUGUAUAAUGUUGUGCGGAAAGAAAUAUGGUAUCGACCGGAUAUGUUCUUCUACAGAGACAUGCUUAUGAUGCUUGCAAGGAACAGGAAGGUUGAUGAAGUGAAGCUGGUUUGGCAAGAUUUGAAGAGGGAGGGAGUUUUGUUUGACCAACAUACAUUUGGGGACAUCAUUAGGGCAUUCUUAGAUAGUGGGUUACCAUCAGAAGCAAUGGACACAUAUGAGGAAAUGAGAAAAUCUCCAGAUCUUCCAUUAUCUUUGCCUUUUCGAGUGAUCUUGAAAGGGCUCAUUCCAUAUCCAGAUUUAAGAGAGCAGGUGAAAGAUGAUUUCUUGGAACUUUUUCCCAACAUGAUUGUUUAUGACCCAGCUGAAGAUUUGUUUGAAGAUCAAGAACCGGAGAGUGAAUAUGAUUAAAGGGCGUUACAAGUUGAUUCACUAUUAUAUAUUUCAUGACAAAGAUGCCCCUUGGUCCUGCAGAGAAUUACCCAUACGAGUCAAUAGUUGAAGGGAUCUAUGCUUGUACAAGCUUGAAGCUUGUGUUACUAAUACCACUGGACUCUGGCUUUCCAGUUUUUGUAAUCUUAUACUUAAUUUUAUUAAGUUCACAUAAUUUCAAUUUAUCAUCUUUUAUAGGAAAAGCAAAGAACGGCCUAGCGUCUCUACUGAUCUGUCGGGUAUUUGGAGACUGAUCUGGGAAUGGAAUGGUCCACAACGGGUUCGAUCUGUGGAUGGGAUGGUCCACAAUGGGUCCGUUCUUUUUUAUGGUUGAUGAUAAAUUGACUGGAAAAAUCAUAAUUUUGUCUUUAUAAUUGGCCAUAAAUUAUUAGUUUAA